UCGGACCCUGAAGUUUCAAGGACAGAUGGAUAAGGUGCAAGUUAUGAACUUGCUCAUCUAUGUUCGUAUAGUUUCCGCAUGAAGUUCAUAUGUGCAAUAUGGGGAGAACUUGGAGAUGGAAAAAUUCUCCAGCUCAACCUGGUAAAGCUUAUCAUCCAACGACGGUUGAACAUUUAGCUAAUUGCAUAUCACACGUUCCAUGUGUUCCACUUGGUGUUGCUGGAAUGAUUAGACUGUAUUCAAAGGCAGAUACAUAUUCUAAAUCAGUGGCGGCAAUCGUUUAUGGUCUUGCCAUCGUCUCACUCUUCUUUGCAUCUUCUGUCUUCCAUUUGUUCUCUUUGUUCUAUAUUAAUGGGCGUUUGCGUUCUACACUCCAACUCUGUGACAGAAUUGUUAUAUGCUUGUUUAUAGCAGCCUCAUAUACUCCAUGGCUGUUAUUACGUGAUUUCCAUGCAUCAUGGGGUUUAACUACACUGUGGUCUGUAUGGAUUGCAGCAAUUUUCGGUGGUGCAUUCCAAUAUGUUUAUCUAGAUAGAUUUAAAUCUGUUGAACUGAUGAUCUAUUUAGCAAUUUCCAUUUGUCCAGCUUAUAGUUUCAUUUACAUGCAUGAACAAUCUGGUCUACCAUUAUUAUUUACAGGGGCAUUUGUUUAUUUAUCUGGUGUGAUAUUUUUCAAAUUAGAUGGUCAUAUUCCAUUAGCACAUGCAAUAUGGCAUUGUUGUGUAUUUAUUGCUACAUUUUUACAAUUCAAUGCAGUCGAUACAUUUUUAUUAACAAAUUAGAUAAAUAAAUUUUUAGAGAAAAAAAAGAAGAAAGAAAAUGAUAAACGAGAAAAGAAAAUCACCAUGAUCAUUUAUUUUCGUUGUUGUUGUUAUGUUAUCAUAAAGAAAGGUUUGUUUGUUCGUUUGUUUGUUACUUUUUGUUGAGCAUUUUUCUGGUUAGCGUUUUUUUUAGCGAGUUAGUUUUCUACGGAUCGCUAACCCAAUGCCCAACCCUCCUCUUUUACCCGGGCUUCGGACCGGCAGUAACUCUAAAAGAGCUACAUACGGAGUUUUUAUUGAGCAUAAUAGUCAUAAUUUAUUGAACACUAUAUAUAUGUAUAUAUAUAAAUAGUAAUUGACUACUGAUAUACUUAAUUCAACACAGAUAUUAUUUAUUAGCUUCUUUGUAUGUAACAGAUUUUCUUCAUUUCUAUAUAUUAAUUAUGUAAUAUUUAUCUGUUGCUUAAUAUGCUGAAUGUAGUGAUAUAAUUCCUCCUUCUCUCAAUUUUCGUUCCCAAAAUCACAUUAACCUUCAAGAUUCCAUUCUCCUUGUCUAUCUAUCUGUCUGUCUGUCUGUCGAUCGGUCGGUCUAUCUGUCUAUCCGUCGGUCUGUCUGUCUUUCCGUUGUGUAAUAUUUCCAUUACUAUUUAUAACAUACAAAUCUUUUACUCAUUUUUAAUUUUGUUAAAUUGAAUUUAUUCCUUUUCCUGACAUUAAUUUACAGAGUUAUUUUAAUGUGUUUUUUUAAAUUAUAUUUCUCAGUUGUAUUUUUUAAUCAGAUAUCAGUAAAAGAAAAGAAUGUUAUGAAUAGUAGUGAUUAUUAUCUCUUGUUAGUAGUAUAUAUAUGUUUGUCCGUUACAACCAAACAAGUUGGUGAAGCCUAAUAGACCCUUCUGGCAAGAAACAAGCCACAUUGAAGCACGGUACAAUUACCA